AUGUCGUCUUCAUCACCUAAAGUGCUGCUGUUCGAUAUUGGCGGCGUCUGUGUCGUCUCCCCCUUCGCCGCCAUCCUCGCGUACGAAAAGGAAAACUCCAUUCCUAUAGGCUGGAUCAACACUGCGAUCUCAGCUUCCGGCAAGACUGGCUUUUGGGCAAAACUCGAACGUGGACAAAUACCCCUCGACUCUUCCUUCUUCAACGGCUUCACCUCUGACCUCCGCGACGAAAAGCUAUGGCGAAGCUUCUACAUCAAACAUCUCGAGAAGACCAGAAAAGAGACGAGAUCACAAGCAGCAGAAGAAGCAGCAUAUCAAAUCCCAGCGCCGCCAAAUAUCGAUGGAGAGAAGCUGUACUGGCAGAUGAUGACGAUAUCCAGAAAGCCUGAUCCCUACAUGUGGCCGGCAUUACAGAAUUUGAAGAAGCAUGCAAAGCAAAAGGGAUUCAUUGUUGCUGCGCUGAGCAACACCUCCAUCUUUCCUGAAGGCCACGAGUUCAACUCGCCUGAUUCACCGGACGGAAUGUUCCACGCUAAACUUUGGGGUCUCUUUGACUUAGCUGUUAGUUCAGCACACGUGGGAAUGAGAAAACCAGAUGAGGAGAUCUAUAUCCAUACAAUUAAUGCAUUGGACAAACUUGCCAGGGAAAGAGGUGACAAAGAUGGUGUCAAGGCUGGAGAUAUUGUCUUCUUUGAUGAUAUUGGAACAAAUCUGAGAACAGCCAGAAAAGUUGGCAUGAGGACUGUCAAGGUCGAACUAGGAAGGGCAGACAAAGCUGUUGUAGAGCUGGAGAGGUUGACUGGUUUGAAGCUAACAGGCGAGUCUUCGAAACUUUAG